CAACGGCCGUGGACGCGGCGACCGUGGACGCCGCCGAGGGUUGUGCGCGGGGGCGCGGGGCGCGAGCUGGUGCGCCCGCAGCUGGAAGAUGGAGGGGGAUGGCUCGGACUUGGAGCCCCCUGACGCCGGGGAGGACAGCAAGUCGGAGAAUGGGGAGAACGCGCCCAUCUACUGCAUCUGCCGCAAGCCCGACAUCAACUGCUUCAUGAUCGGCUGUGACAACUGCAAUGAAUGGUUUCAUGGGGACUGUAUCCGGAUCACGGAGAAGAUGGCCAAGGCCAUCCGGGAGUGGUACUGUCGGGAGUGCCGAGAGAAGGACCCCAAGCUGGAGAUCCGGUAUCGGCACAAAAAGUCCCGGGAACGAGAUAGCAAUGAGCGAGAUGGCAGUGAGCCCCGGGAUGAGGGUGGAGGGCGCAAGAGACCUGCCCCAGAUCCAGACCUACAGCGCCGGGCAGGGUCAGGGACAGGGGUUGGGGUCAUGCUUGCUCGGGGCUCUGCUUCGCCACACAAAUCUUCUCCUCAGCCCUUGAUGGCCACUCCUAGCCAGCAUCACCACCAGCAGCAGCAGCAGCAGCAGUCGCACCAGCAGCAGCAGCAGAUCAAACGGUCAGCCCGCAUGUGCGGUGAGUGCGAGGCCUGCCGGCGCACUGAAGAUUGUGGCCACUGCGACUUCUGCCGGGACAUGAAGAAGUUUGGGGGCCCCAAUAAGAUCCGGCAGAAAUGCCGGCUUCGUCAGUGCCAGCUUCGGGCCCGGGAAUCGUACAAGUACUUCCCUUCCUCGCUCUCACCAGUGACGCCCUCAGAGUCCCUGCCAAGGCCCCGCCGGCCGCUGCCCACCCAGCAGCAGUCUCAGCCAUCACAGAAGCUGGGGCGCAUCAGGGAGGAUGAGGGGAUAAUGGCGUCAUCAGCACUCAAGGAGCCACCCGAGGCUACAGCCACUCCAGAACCACUGUCAGAUGAGGACCUGCCACUGGACCCUGACCUGUAUCAAGAUUUCUGUGCAGGGGCCUUUGAUGACCACGGCUUGCCCUGGAUGAGUGACACAGAGGAGUCUCCGAUCUUGGAUCCUGCGCUGAGGAAGAGGGCAGUGAAAGUAAAGCACGUGAAGCGGCGGGAGAAGAAGUCUGAGAAGAAGGUGAUGGAGAGGAAGGAAGAGAGAUACAAGCGACAUCGGCAGAAGCAGAAGCACAAAGACAAAUGGAAACACCCAGAACGGCCUGAUGCAAAGGACCCUGCUUCCUUACCGCAGUGCCUGGGGCCUGGCUGUGUGCGCCCUGCUCAGCCUGGCUCCAAGUAUUGCUCAGAUGACUGUGGCAUGAAGCUGGCAGCCAACCGCAUCUAUGAGAUCCUCCCGCAGCGCAUCCAGCAGUGGCAGCAAAGCCCCUGCAUUGCAGAGGAGCAUGGCAAGAAGUUGCUUGAACGUAUUCGCCGUGAGCAGCAGAGUGCCCGCACACGCCUUCAGGAAAUGGAGCGCCGAUUCCAUGAGCUAGAGGCUAUCAUCGUGCGUGCCAAGCAACAAGCUGUGCGUGAAGAUGAGGAGAGCAAUGAGGGUGACAGUGACGAUACAGACCUGCAGAUCUUCUGCGUCUCCUGCGGACACCCCAUCAAUCCACGUGUUGCCUUGCGCCACAUGGAGCGCUGUUAUGCCAAGUAUGAGAGCCAGACGUCCUUUGGGUCCAUGUACCCCACACGCAUUGAAGGGGCCACACGACUCUUCUGUGAUGUCUACAAUCCUCAGAGCAAGACUUAUUGUAAACGGCUCCAGGUGCUGUGCCCCGAGCACUCACGAGACCCCAAAGUGCCAGCAGAUGAGGUAUGUGGAUGCCCCCUUGUGCGUGAUGUCUUUGAACUCACGGGUGAAUUCUGCCGCCUGCCUAAGCGCCAGUGCAACCGUCACUACUGCUGGGAGAAGUUGCGGCGAGCCGAAGUGGACCUCGAGCGUGUGCGUGUGUGGUACAAGCUUGAUGAGCUCUUUGAGCAGGAGCGCAAUGUCCGCACAGCUAUGACAAACCGGGCAGGCUUGUUGGCCCUGAUGCUGCACCAAACCAUCCAGCAUGACCCGCUUACUACGGACCUGCGCUCCAGUGCUGACCGCUGAGCCUCAAGACCCAGAUGUUCUCACAUCCUGCAUUCCAGUCUGGGACUUCUCCUGAAUCCGUUUGUCAGUUCUGCUGUUCAUAUUUCUCCGAUUGUCUCUGAGUUUCUUCCUGUGCCCACCACAAUUUGACUGCUUCUCUGCCCUUCCUCGAGGGUCUUGGAACUUCUGCCUAUCUUGUCUAGCCCUCUUCAUUCUCUGUGCCUGGGUGGAACUGUGGAGGCCACUCACCUUUGCUUCCCUUCCCCCUGGUUUUGUUAAUAAAAUUUUGAAGACUUAA